CAGCCGUCGGUUUUAUGAUCUGUACGAGGCGUCUGCGGGAACAGGAUUCUCAGCUGCACCUCGAAGCACUGAAUCACCAACUCAGAGAUCAACUCCCACUCCUCUCGUGUCUCACCACCCCCAACCCCCAAAUUCGCUGCUUUCAUCUAAUCACUGAUCAGUAAUCAGUGUGAGCAAAAACCCUAGAAUUAAACCCAACUUUCUUUCUUUAUUUUUCUCUCACUGCGUGGUUUUGAUCCUCUGCCGCUGGCCUACCUACCCAGAUUGACUACACGCUCUCGAUUUCUGGUCAGUCUCUCUCUUUAUCUUCAUCGAGUUCAAAUGCAGUAAGCCCACUUAAUCGAAUCGCAAUCCACCAUGGAUUUCGAGCCUCUGAACAUUGAAAAUGAGGUGAUGGAAUUCGCCAUGGGCUCUGGGGAAGAAGACAACGGUCUCGACUUAGAACACAAUGAUGAGUAUGAAGGUUAUAACGGCGAAAUGAUGGAGAAUUCUUCUGCCGCUGGUCGGGAUUCACUGGCUUUGAAUGGGGACCCGAAUCUCGAACCCUCGGAAGGAAUGGAAUUCGAUUCUGAACAGGCAGCUCGAAUUUUCUACAAUUCAUAUGCGCGUCGCAUCGGUUUCAGUACCCGAGUCAGCGUGUACCAACGGUCCCGUCGGGACGGCUCAAUCAUUUGCCGCCAAAUUGUGUGCUCCCGUGAAGGGUUUCGCCGGGAGGGCGGUGAAAAUCGGUCCAAGCGGCAGCGGACCGUGACUAGGGUUGGUUGUAAGGCGCAAAUGACUGUGAAGAAACAGAAUUCUGGGAAAUGGGCUGUGACCAAACUCGUAAAAGAACAUAAUCAUGACCUUGUGCCUCCUGAUAAAGUGCAUUGCCUCCGCUCGCAUAGGCAUGUAUCGGGGCCUGCCAGAAGUCUGAUUGAUACUCUUCAGGCGGCUGGAAUGGGCCCAAGCGGGGUGAUGUCCGUGUUAAUUAAGGAGUCUGGUGGGAUUAAUAAUGUUGGUUUUACAAAAGUUGAUUGCCAGAAUUAUAUGAGUAGUAGCAGGCAGAGGACCCUUGGGAGUGGGGGUCAGCAUAUUUUCGACUAUUUGAAGCGAAUGCAGGGGGAGGAUCCUGGGUUCUUUUGUGCCGUGCAAGGUGAUUCUGAAAACCCAACUGGAAAUAUUUUUUGGGCUGAUGCCAAUUCUAGGGUGAAUUACCAAUACUUUGGGGACACUGUUACGUUUGAUACAGCUUAUAGAACCAACCGUUAUCGGGUUCCCUUUGCCCCAUUCACUGGGUGGAACCAUCAUGGGCAGCCUGUAUUGUUUGGCUGUGCAUUGCUACUUAAUGAGUCAGAGUCUUCUUUCGUUUGGCUGUUUCAGACUUGGCUUGCUGCAAUGUCUGAUCGCCAUCCCCUUUCGAUCACAACUGAUCAGGAUAGGAUUAUUCGAGCAGCUGUUGCACAGGUUUUCCCUGAAACCCGACACCGUUUUUGUAAGUGGAAUGUAUUUAGAGAAGCCCAGGAGAAAUUGUUCCAUGUAAAUCAAUCACACCUCACUUUUGAAGCAGAGUUUCAGAGGUGCAUAAACUUGACAGAGACAAUAGAUGAGUUUGAGUCAAGUUGGGAGUCUCUACUUGAGAAAUACAAUCUCCUGGAUAAUGAAUGGCUUCAAUCAAUGUACAAUGCCCGCCAGCAGUGGGUGCCAGUUUAUCUUCGUGAUACAUUCUUUGGGGAGAUGUCAAUAACCCAAGGCACUGAUAGUAUAAACUCAUUCUUUGAUGGUUAUAUAAAUGCAUCAACUAGCAUUCAGGUGCUGCUUAAGCAGUAUGAGAAAGCUACUGCCAGUCGGUAUGAAAAAGAAGUAAAGGCAGACUAUGAUACAAUUAACACUGCACCAGUUCUAAAAACUCCAUCUCCUAUGGAAAAACAAGCAGCAAACCUUUAUACCAGAAAGAUAUUCACGCAAUUUCAGGAGGAAUUAGUAGAGACUCUUGCUAAUCCUGCAACUGUAAUUGAUGAUGGGGGAUCAGAGGCUUUGUAUCGGGUUGCAAAAUUUGGGGAAGACCACAAAGCACACUUCAUUAAAUUCAAUGUUUUUGAAAGGAAAGCUAGUUGUAGCUGCCAAAUGUUUGAGUUUUCUGGUAUUAUUUGUAGGCACAUAUUGGCAGUUUUUAGAGUAACAAAUGUUCUUACACUGCCAUCUCAUUACAUCUUGAAGCGCUGGACAAGAAAUGCGAAAAGUGGGGUUAUAUUGGAUGAGCACACUCUUGGAUUACCAGGCAGUUCUCAAGAGUCUUUAACUGCUCGCUAUGAAAAUCUUCGUCGGGAAGCUAUCAAAUAUGUAGAAGAAGGGGCAGCAUCAACACAUAUUUAUAAUGUGGCGAUGGAUGCUCUACAUGAAGCAGCAAAGAAAGUUUAUGCUGCAAAGAAACAGGGUGCUGGGGUCACACCAAGUACUUCGGUUAAAGAAUGCCAGCUUCAAUCUAGUUCUGUGGAGCAGGACAAGAGAAUUGAAGAACUGACAGCAGAGUUGGAAAAUGCAAGUCAGAGGUGUGAGGCAUAUCGAGCCAGUCUGCUUGCUGUUUUGAAAGAUAUGGAGGAAGAGAAAUUAAAGAUAGCAGUGAAAGUUCAGAACACAAGGCUGAAUCUCAAAGGUUGAACUCAGAGAGAUGGUGGGCGUGCCUUAUCCGUCAUCGCCUUCAUCAUGUAUACUACAAAAAUAGCAGAAACCAAAGAGUAUGAGUUGGGUUGGUUUACAUUGUGAUGAACUACCCAUGAUCUCUACAUAUUUUUCUUCAGUGACCAGAAGAGAGUACAGUUUUUGGUUUUUUUUUUUGUUGCCUUAGCCCUAGCACCAUUAGUGUGAUGUGUAUUCGUUGUGAAGAAUUCUAAUUGGAUUUAUUUCUUAGGUUAGGAAGGUGAAGUGGGGGAGUGGUACAGGAGCUGUAGGUAGGAGUCUUCGAGUAUCUUACAGUAAUAUCAUUGUUAUUCAAUGAAAUUGCUUUGAUGAUGACAUCCUAUGCCCAUGAAAUUCUCAUACCUUAUAUUUGGUUCUUGUAAAAUCUGUACAAAAAGAAAUUCAAAGGUAAUAGUUUAUGUUUACAGGCUUUUGAAAUUCA